AUGUGCGAGGAUUUCACAGAUGCCUCCAUGGGGGCCCUCUGGGGGCCAUGCAGGAGGCACCUGGACUCGCUUGUUGCCCGCGCGCGCCAGGCGAAAGGGGCUAGCUUGAUGCAAAUCAUUGAAGAAGCCCUAGUGCACCCCGAAGUUUUCGUAUUUGGGGAACUUCUGGAGCUGGAAAAUGUGCAGCAAUUGGGGGCCUCCAGAAACGAGGAGGUCGCAGCAGAAGGGGGUGUCCUAGAGGGGGGCCCCCGAGCCCUCUUCUUGCUUCGACUGAUGGCCUCAGGGACCGUACGAGAUCUCGUGGAGCGUCGAGAAGCUCUUCUGGGGGCCCCUAUACCGCCAGCAAUACUGUUCAAGCUUAGGCUGCUCACGGUGGCAUCCUUAGCGUCUGUCUCCCCCCACCUCGCCUUUUCCGAGAUUCAGGAGGCGCUCGCAGCACCUGGAUGCUGCGAACCUGCAGGGGCCUCUGCCGAGUGUUCCCAGGUUGACCUCGAAAUAGAAGGUCGAUGCGAAGUGCUUGACAGGUGGAGCAGCACCCCAGCAGCAACAAAAGCGUGGCUAACAGAGCUUGAGGUUGAGGAAUUAGUGUUGACUUGCAUGCGUCUGGGUUUGGUCCAUGGCCGCAUAGACGGCGAGUUGGGGUGUCUCGACUCCUGUGGAGCCCUUAACAGAGACCCCACAGAAAGAGACAUCCCAGCAAUGAUUGGCCUUUUAAAGGACUUUAGCGGACGCCUCUCCGAAAUUAUCUGCCAUCUGCGUACCGCCAAAGACGCUAUAGAACACCACGCUAUAGACCACCUCGGAAAGGCAGGGUCAUGA